GCAUUCGUGAAAUCUAGAGGAAUUUAUAGUGUUUUUAAAUUGCAAUUUGACACCUAUAGCUCUCUAGAUCCAUUUCUGAACUGUAAACUUAGGUGGACAAUGAGGAGGGGGUUUCAAUCCACGGGUACUUCCUGUUGCACACAAUCUGGUUUCCUGUCAGGUUUCCUUUUCCUCCUGAAACAAAAGACAGGAAUGCGUUCUGUACAAAAUAGCACUGUGCUUCUAAAGGGGUCCGCACAUCCUGACUGAAUGACGCAUCUUCUGCGGGACGGCCCGUGAUGAUUAAGUCGGCUGUUAGAAUUCUAAUAUGAAUUACUUUUCCUGGUGAGAAUAACAACAUACGGUAGCAUAAUGCAUUAUGUAUGCAGCAUGUUCAGCUGUUGGCGUACCUUGCCAUAAAUCUACAACACCAAACCAGCCUGUGGUUCUGGACGGUUUAAGCGAGCCAUGAAGCCACGGCCAAUUUAUAGCCUCAGGAAAAUAGCACCUUUGAGGCGCUGUCAGUGGUGAGUGAAGACCAGUCUCUGUUUGAGCCUCCGUACGCUGCUGCUGCUCCCUUACCCAAGACAGACAUGACUGCGUCCGGCACACAGGACUACGGUCAGCCUCACAAGAUCAACCCUAUCGCCCCUCAGCAGGAGUGGAUCAGCCAGCCCGGCCGGGUGCACGUCAAGCGAGAGUAUGACCACAUCAAUGGAUCCAGCAGAGAGUCCCCGGUGGACUGCAGUGUGGGUAAAUGCAAUAAAAUGGUGGGCGGGACCGACGCAUCUCAAAUGAGCUAUACUGGCUACAUGGAUGAGAAGUGUGCUCCGCCCCCAAACAUGACAACCAAUGAGAGGAGAGUCAUCGUCCCAGCAGACCCUUCUCUCUGGUCUCCAGAGCAUGUGCGGCAAUGGUUAGACUGGGCCAUUAAAGAGUAUGGUCUUCAGGAGAUCGACACAGCCAUGUUCCACAACACAGACGGAAAAGAACUGUGCAAGAUGAGCAAAGAGGACUUCCUGAGACUAACCAACGGCUAUAACGCGGAUGUCCUGCUCUCACAUCUCAAUUACCUCAGGGAAAGCAGCUCAUCAAUAUCAUACAACACACCAUCUCAUACCGACCAGUCUCCUCGCUUGGCUGCCAAAGACGAUGCGUCUUAUGAUGCUGUACGGAGGACAGGCUGGUCAAACAACAUGCACAGCGGCAAAGGCUCUCCUACAGUGGUGUCUCAGAAUGUGUCCAAGAACACUGAACAGGCUCGGCCUCAGCCCGAUCCUUACCAAAUAUUAGGACCCACUAGCAGUCGACUUGCCAACCCAGGUUCAGGUCAGAUCCAGCUGUGGCAGUUUCUGCUCGAGCUCCUCUCCGACAGUGCCAACGCCGGCUGCAUCACCUGGGAAGGGACCAACGGAGAGUUCAAGAUGACGGACCCUGACGAAGUAGCGCGUCGCUGGGGCGAGCGCAAGAGCAAGCCCAACAUGAACUACGACAAACUGAGCCGCGCCCUGCGCUACUACUACGACAAAAACAUCAUGACCAAAGUGCACGGCAAGCGUUACGCCUACAAGUUUGACUUCCACGGCAUCGCUCAAGCCCUGCAGCCCCAUCCCACCGAGACCAGCAUGUACAAAUACCCAACCGAACUGCCCUAUGUGCCAAGCUACCACGCUCACCAGCAGAAGGUCAACUUCGUUUCUCCCCAUCCUUCCUCCAUGCCCGUCACAUCCUCCAAUUUCUUCGGGCACACCACCCCGUACUGGAGCUCUCCGACAGGAGGGAUUUAUCCCAAUCCCAGCAUGCCGCGUCACCCCAAUUCACACGUGCCUCCCCACCUUGGCAGUUACUACUAAAACCUUCACCUUUCACCCCGCUGCCCAUACGCCAAAACUUGAACUGCACUCGAAGCAAAGACAAAAAAGCAAGCUGGACCUGGAGGGAUUGUGGCCGGAAAGUUAGCAGAAAGAAGCGACGUUGAAAGAAACUGGAAAAGGAAGAGAAAGUAGAGCAAAACGGACCAAAAAAUGGUUGAUCCUAUUUAAAAAUGGAGUACUACUUAUUGAAGGACAUUGGGUUGUUGUGUGUUUUGGAGAGCGUGUGCAUGUUUCUUGUGCCUUUCUACAUCCGAAAGCUGCACCGAUGGGCCAGAGUCCCUUCUAGCCAAUAAAGACCACCUCGAUUAUGUAGAAGUCGGCAAACGACCGAGAAAAGAAUCACUGUAAACUCACCCUGUGUGUUUAAUGCAAUUGUGAACCCAGUGUUUAUGUUUUUGGACCAACUCCCCGCUUCCCUUCGGAUUUUAUCAAAACCCGACUCAGUAACACGAGUUUAUCUUCUCAAGUCGUGACUGAAACUCUCUUUUCUAAAGCAAAUCUGGCAACUGGAAAAAAUGUUGGCAUUCAAGCGCCGUUUCUCCUCCUCGCUGGAGGACGUGGCGUCUGAUUGUUUAUUAGGAGCUUCUCAGGCUAGCUGGCUCAAGCUAAACUCUCUCCCUCAUCUUUAGCACUCCUCUAUGCUGAUGGCGUUGAUGUGAAUGGAUUGAUGCCUGCUUUACGUUUCUGACGCAUGGUGUCCCGUUUCAUUGGCCAUUGAAAAUCCACUCGAUUUCAUCUCAAAACAGCCAAAGAGUUGAGUUCACGUGAGAUUUGCGUCUUGGAUGGACUGAAUGAUUGCGGGCAUCACGCGAAGUACCUCUUUGAAAGAAAAAGACAGUUGAAACAGCAGCACGGGACGUUGAAACCAGAGAUUCGCGAACGCUGUGCGUUUGUCAGACCUAUUUGCUAGUAUUUUUUUUCUUUUUUUUUUGAUCAAAGGUCAACUAGGCAUUAAAAGCAUCUUACUGUAUAAGUUAUGCAGAGCUAUUUUCAUAUGUGACAGUGUUAAGAAUCAUACGUUAAUACGAGUUGACCUCGGUCAAAAUGCAAACUUUUUUAUCAGUUACUGAAAGUAGUUUGAACUACGUAGGUGUUUUGUAUCUGUACAUAUAGGCAAUAAGUUUAUGAAUGUUUUCUUGUAUUUUUCAGAAAAUGCUUUUUCUAAAGCUCUUGGCGCAUAGCCAUGACAAUGAGAAGGUUAUUUUGAUACGUAGCUGAUAUUUUCAUUCCAUAAAAGCAAAUGCCUUACCAAACGUGCUUAGAGACAAUCUGUUCUACAUAAUUAAUGUUUCCAAAGUGCCAUAACAAUACCUUAAAGCCAAAUCUUGUUACUGUGCCUAAAAACAAAAACAAACAAAAAAACAAAUGUAUUUUGUGUAAGCUGAUUGAAAAUUCCCAGCUCUUCAUCUCUUUAAGGGAUCAGUCUCAGAUAUGAAGGAAUUGUGCUAUUUUAUAUAUGCAAGUAUUUGGAUAUUAAAUUUAUUACUAUAUAAAUAUAUAUGAAAUAUUGCAAUUAAUCUUUUUUUUUGUUAAUUUUGUUGUUUUCGCAAUUUAAUAUGUAUUACCUUUUGUAAAAGGGUCUAUUGUAUAGGUAAAAUGUGACAAAAUAAAUGUUUUUACAUUAAAAAAUCUCUCC